AUGCCUAUGCCACCAAAAAAGAAGAAAGAAAGAGCAUGUAUACCGGAACCCUUACCUCCAUGUCCUCCGCCUCCAGACAUCUGUCUUGAAUCAGGUCUGACUCCAGCCGAAAAAGCUGUUUGUUACGAAAAGGAAAGAUGGAAAUCACCAGUAUCGCGGGCAGUAAAAAAGUUUCAUAGCUUCACAAAGCCACCCAUUGAGAAAUGUAGAAUAAAAGAGAAGGUGGUAGAAGAAGAAGAUGAUCCAUGCUCAUCAAAAGAUGACGUCGAUGAUACACCACAAGAAGAAGAAGAUUAG